CCGCCCUUAUCCCGCCCCUCGCACAUCACUUUUCUUGUCCAACACCUCUCUGAAUAGCAAUGGCUCGUACCAAACAAACCGCUCGCAAGUCCACUGGUGGUAAGGCACCCCGUAAGCAGCUCGCCACCAAGGCAGCUAGGAAGACCGCAACGGUUGCCGCGACCGGCGGUGUCAAGAAGCCCCACAGGUUCCGGCCCGGCACGGUUGCCCUCCGUGAGAUCCGGCGCUACCAGAAGUCCACGGAGCUCCUCAUUAGGAAGCUGCCCUUCCAGCGUCUGGUCCGUGAAAUCGCGCAGGACUUCAAGACCGACCUGCGCUUCCAGUCCUCUGCUGUGAUGGCCCUCCAGGAGGCCGCUGAGGCGUACCUUGUCUCCCUCUUCGAGGACACCAAUUUGGCUGCUAUCCACGCCAAGCGUGUCACCAUCCAGCCCAAGGAUCUGGCGUUGGCCCGUCGUCUCCGUGGCGAGAGGUCUUAAAGCUGUAUCACUAGAGCAAUGUCUCUUCCAUCCCUCUCCUACCUUCUGCUAGGUGUUCCGCCGUCCUGUCUUGUACUGUACAACUAGCUUCUGGUUAUGCCAUGAAUCUGUAAGCCCGAUAAUCCUAUGAUAGUUGCUCUCGUA